AUGAAAAGCGAGGUACACCCAAAUUCUGUCGCAAAGCAUCUGAAAGAAGAUACAAAGGUUAGAAACGAAAGUGAUAACAGCGGUUCACAUAAGAACGAAAAAUAUGUAGAUGAUUCUGGUGAUGAAGCCAAAUUACAAGAAUUACAGAAGACGAAGAAUAAAGAAAGUCGUAAUGAAAGUACGAAUCUAGAAAAUAGAGAACAUAAAACUGAUAUAGUAAAAGGAAAAAACACAUCAAUAAAGUAUCUUGCAGAUGGACAAAGUGACCCAAAAGAUUGUUACGAUUACUUUCUCAAAGGAAACAUGAGAAAUGGGGUCUAUAAGGUUCGACCAUAUGGUACCAACAGACUAAUUCAAGUAUAUUGCGACAUGAAGAAGGGCGGUUGGACGUUGAUUCAGAAGCGACAGGAUGGUACCACUAAUUUCUAUAGGGACUGGGAGGAUUACAGAGAGGGAUUCGGAGGAGUAUAUGGAGAACACUGGCUCGGGAACAACGUGAUUCACCGACUCACAAAUCAGGAUCACUACACACUUAGAGUUGAGAUGACGGACUGGGAUAAAAACCAUAAAUACGCUGAAUAUAGCACGUUUGUAGUUGAUGAUGAAGAUGAAGGCUACAAAUUACAUAUCGGAGGUUACGAGGGAGAUGCCGGUGAUGGAAUGAUUAAACAUAACAAUAAAAAAUUCUCCACUCGAGAUGUUGACAAUGAUCAAGUUGUGAAGGAAUUUGGUGGAAGUUGCGCAAAGAGAUUCAAUGCAGCAUGGUGGUUUUAUAAGUGCUAUCAGAGCAAUUUAAAUGGAAAGUAUUAUAGAAAUGGGAAAAUUGAGGAUAAAAAAUAUGAUGGUGUAACAUGGAAACCCUGGACUGGCACAAACUAUUCACUUAAACAUGUGGAGAUGAAGAUAAGACCGACUUUAGAGCGUAAAAUGACAUAAAUAUUAAAAGGU